GAAGCCUCAUGGAAAUGGAGCUCUUGGUCGCAUGUUCAUGCCAUCAGCGAUUAAAGGUAAUGGUGGUAUCGGUCUGGGACAGGCAGGGUUGAAAGCUGGAGGAGCUGGCCUACCUCAAGGACUGCAGCCUGGGCAUGGAGUUGGAGCCAAGCCUGCCAAAGCAGGAGGUCGUUACCCUGGUUACGGAGGGCUACCUCAGCAAGGUUUGGGUCCCUAUGGUGCUGGGGCUGGUGGUAAACCAAUGAAAGCAGGCUAUGGUGGUGUUCAGCCUGGCUAUGGAGCUGGACCUGGUUUGGGACAGUUGGGAGUGGGCCUGGGUGUGCCAGGUGCAGGCAAGCAGAAAGCAGGAUACAGAGGAAAUGGAUACCCCUAUGCAGGACAACAGCUCAGAGGCUAUGGUGGAGCUGGGGGUAAGCCACAGAAGCAAGGUCCUGGGGUGAUGGCUGGAAAGGGACCCAAAGCAGGAUACGGUGCUGGAGCUGGAGGCUAUCCCAAUGGAGGUCUGCAGCCAGGCUAUGGCGCCGGAGCUGGGGUCCCCACUGGACUGGGAGCCAAGGCUGGAAAACAAGCCGGAUAUGGGAACGGUGGGGGUGCUUAUCCCGGGGCUGGAUUGGGAAAUGGCUACAGAGCUCCUUAUGGGAAUGGUCAAGCUGGGAUUCCUCAAGCUGGCAAAGCCAAACCUGCAGGCUAUGGUAACGGAGGGGGUGCUUACCCAGGUGCUGGGCUAGGUAAUGGAUACGGAAACGGUCAGGCUGGAGUUCCACAAGCAGCAGGCUAUGGUAAUGGCUAUGGAGGGGGAGUGCAGCCGGGAUACGGCAACGGGUACCCCAGUUUGUUGGCUGAUGGAGCUGGUCUUGGAGCGAAGGCAGGAAAGGGAGCAGGCGGUCUCUAUGGCAACGGUGGUCCCACGGGUAUUGGAGCAGAACAAGAUAAAUAUGGGGGAGCCGGUCCAGGCCCCUAUCCCUAUGGUGCUCAGCCCCUCCUCCCGGCCGGACUGGGAGCUGAUGGGAAGGGUGGGAAUUACGGAGAAGGUCAGCUUCCCUAUGGAGGACAGCCAGUGGUGCCGGCCGGACUGGGGCCUGACACCGGACUGGGAAAAUACGGCGGAGCUCAGCCUCCCUAUGACGCUCAACCCUUCCUCCCGGGCGGUUUGGGAGUGGAACCUUCUGCAGCCAAAUACGGGGGCGCCGGACAGCUUCCCUACAAUGGAGCCCCAGUUAUGCCAGUUGGACUGGAUGGUGAGGCAAUCGGCCCCUAUGGGGGAGUCCAGCCCUAUGAAGGGGGGGAGGAGAAAUCAUCAGAAAAAUACGGCUAUGGAGGCAUGGGCUACAUGAAUGGUGACACAGAACCAGCAGGUCCCAAAACCAGUGACCCCUCCCUCCCAGCAGACCUUGGCAGUGACGGCACCAGUAUUCCCAGUCCAGACUCCCAUUCCCAAUCCCAGCUGCAGCUGCAGGCGAAGUUAGAGGAGCAGGCAAAAUCGCUGUAUAACCACCCCCUGCUGAAUGCGCAAUUGAAUGCACAGCUGAAUGCACAAUACAAUCCCCAAUACAAGGGACAAAACAAAGGACCGAAAAAAACAUGCAAGAAAGGCUAUAAUGGGCAGCUGGGAGCCCCCCAGGUUCAAGGCCCCUACGGAGGCAAAGAAGGAAAAUAUGGACUAAACGGUUUCCUGGGCAACGGAUACAGAGGCUGAUUUCCACAACCAACUGGCGAUCCAAAUUUUUUAUUUUUUGUUUUGUUUUUCUACUGUGCGAGCAAUAACAUCUUUAUAUAUAUUGUGUUUUUUUAAUUGAUGUUUUUUUUUUUUAAUAAUGUGUUGUCUUUACUUUGUAUAUCUCUCAACCGUGCACAAGAGACAUUUCAAUCACUGCUGAAUUACAAUUCUUAUUUUUUUUAAUUACAAAAAGACGCCCCAAAAAACUCCCAGAAUCUAUCUUUACAAAGGGGGGGGGGGGGG